CGCACUGUCAGGAGGCCGGGCUCCCGGAACCGGUGGGUCCGGCGCCAUUUUGUGGUCUUCUGGGGGAGCGUUGGGGUUUCGGGUUGAGUCUGCGGCCCAGGCGGGAGGAGGUAGACAUGGAUAUGGAUAUGGCAAUGGCAGUCCCUGAGGCCCGGCUCGGGGCGAUGCGCUUUGCUGCGCUGCUGAACAGUAUCUCAAACAGCCUGAGCCGGGACAAUGUGGAGUCGCUGAAGUUCCUGUGCCGGGAGCUGAUCAGGAAGAGGCCGCUCGAGGCCGUCACCAGCGGCAUCCAGCUCUUCCAGCAGCUCGAGGAGCUCGACCUGCUGGGCCCCGACAACACACAAACCCUGAGCCGACUCCUCUCGGAAAUACAGCGCCAAGACCUCCAGCAGCAACUGGCCGCUUUCCAGCAGCGGGGCCAGGAGCCGCAGGCAGACUCCGGGCGUCUGAAUGUUGCAUUUGAUGUAAUUUGUAAUGAGCUUGGAAAUGAAUGGCGGAUGUUCGCAAGAAAACUAGGACACAAAGAAGCUUUGCUUCAGCAGAUUGAAUACAAACAUCCACGCAACAUGCGAGAACAGAUUCAGCAGUCUUUAACAGAGUGGCAGAAAAAAGAAGGAGAAAAAGCUACUGUAGACAAACUGCUGACAGCCCUAAGGAGCUGCAAACUUAACAUGGUAGCAGAUUCUGUUGAAGAAGAGGUAUCCAAGUGUGGUUAACUUUUAAACUGAGAAUGCAAUCAAUUUUCUCAAUGGCACAAAAAUACUUUACACAUCCAAAGCAAUGCUUCACUUCCUUUCAAAACUUAAUGGUGCAGUUCUCUUGUCUGGUGACCCGUACUUAAUUCUGUAAUUGCUGUCAAGCUCUUGUCGACCAGCUUCAGAGUUCGGUGUUUUGUUGAAAGUUUCAGGUUAUUCAUGGCACUCAACUCAAAGACUUCCUGCAUGUUCAUCUAAAGAAGUAUGCAUUCACUCUAUAGCCUCAUUGCAGUGGUUUAGAGUUCACAUCAGUACUAACCUCGGAGUGUGAGGGCUCAAACUACUGUAGCGCAAAGCAGCAUAAUUGCCUCCUUCAUUUCAGGCUUUUCUGCACAUUCAGGCUGCUGUGACACUGUUACAGCAGGAUCGAUGAAAAACAAAACCACUUCACCACAGGAUUACAGUGUGAAUGCAAACUUCAUUCAGGUUGUAAAACAAUGUUUGGAACAUGUUUCUAAGGUUGUUUUGAAAUCUUUUGGGGAGAAAGAACACUGAUAAAUUUUGUAAUUGUCUUGGGAACCUUCACAAUUUCUUUUGUUCAGAGCAACAAUACAAAUUGCACUUUUUUUAUAUUUUGGAAGAUUGGACUUUCUUAGUAAAUCGCCAAUGAUAAAACA